AUGGAUAUAAGUUGUUGCGGUGGUUCCCCGGUGGCUGAAAUGGCGACGGAGAGCGAAUCGUUGGCAUUGAGGCUUAUGUGCAUCGUCUCCUUCUUCGGCUCGAUUUUAUUACCAUGUUUCUUCGUUUACCCGAAGCUGCCUAAGGAGGCAGCCGGAGACGAGGAAUCCGGCGAUACGCUACCGCCGGCGAUGAUACUCGUGAAGGAAUGGGAGAAAGGCGGCGGCGGGAUGACGACGGAGGUUUGCGUGAUAUGUUUGGAGGAUUUCCGGGGAAACGACGCCGUUAGGAGCUCCGUUCCGGUUAUUCGAUGA